GCUAAGUGCAACUUUGAUUUUUUUUUUUUAGACAGAGAAAGUUAAUCUAAACCGAAAAUUAAUCUAAACCGACUUCUUUUUGCGUGUUUCAGAGAAAUUCUGAGAACCAGUGUGACCGUUCUCAUUUCAGAAAUUAAAAACGGAACAAAACACAGCAAAGCAACAGCAAAUCAAGGCAGUGAGGUGACAGUGUGUUUAAGGGAGCCAAGCGUCCAGCGCGUGCUUCCUCCGGGCAAGGCUCUACUGCCCCCUUUGAAACUGAGGAGGGAAAAGCGACCUGCCUCACACCUCCGGAAGGACUGCCUUUGAACGAAGAGUUUGGGGGAGUAAAGUUGAAGCAGCUCCCCUCGCCCUCCCAGCGCUGGUGGCUAGAAGUCCUGCCUGUCCUGUUUCACUCCUACAAGGGAAUUCAGCCUGCAGGCUCCAAACUAGAACAUUUCCCGAGGCGCGCUCUCCAGAUUCCUCCGAAAUCUCGGAUGCUCUAAGAUCCAAGGGGGAAGAAUUUUGAAGUCAAGUAACUGGACAAAGAAAGACUGGUUUGAGACUCCCCGCUGUACUCGUCAUUCUUUCUGAGUGACAGCUUUGGCCAGCCGACCGCGGGACACCUCCGGUUUGUGCUCCGAAGGCGCAAGGUUCCAUGGACACCUGUUAAGGGCACUGCUGCCGCUGGACCACCGGGCUCUGGACUGGGCACCGCCGCUGCGCGCCCUCGCUGUGGCGCGGCGAGCUGCCUGCCUGUCCUUGGGAUCCAGCUGCUCCGAGGGGCCGCUCUUCGCUCCUACACCAGGAAACUCGCAGAGCGGAGUGGGAUUCCCGGGGCGUUGAGGUGCAGAGCCCCUUCCAGGCGGACUCCGGCAAGCCCGAGGUGUCUGCACCUCGUUCGUGUAGCUGGGGACCGACCGCGACUUCCUCCCCGCAGCAGGGGCUCGCCCCGACCCUGGCUUUCCUCCGCAGAGCUCACGCUGUCCCACUCAGAAUCGGACCUGCUUUGGAAGCCUCCCAGGGCCGCCUCGGAACGGGCUGUCUAGAUAAUCUGUUGGCUGCACAUUCCCGGCUUCCUCUUCUGAACAGAAACACAAGGGCCGACGCAAUUCCUGUGCUGCCCGCAGGCAGAGGGAACCCGAAGUGGUGCUGAAGAUGGGCCCAGUAGGUACAGAGGCAGACGAGAAUCAAACUGCAGAAGCGAAGGUGGAGUCCUACGGGCCAGGGCACACCACUCCUGGAGGAGAGCAGCCCCCUGAUCCGGAGCCGGAGCUCAUAGACAGCACCAAGCUGAUUGAGGUGCAGGUGGUCCUCAUAGUGGCCUAUUGCUCCAUCAUCUUGCUGGGGGUAGUUGGCAACUCCCUGGUAAUCCACGUGGUAAUCAAAUUCAAGAGCAUGCGCACAGUAACCAACUUUUUUAUUGCCAACCUGGCUGUGGCGGAUCUUCUGGUGAACACCCUGUGCCUGCCGUUCACCCUUACCUAUACUUUAAUGGGGGAGUGGAAAAUGGGUCCAGUCCUGUGCCAUCUGGUGCCCUAUGCCCAGGGCCUAGCAGUUCAAGUGUCCACAAUAACGCUGACAGUCAUUGCUCUGGACCGCCAUCGCUGUAUUGUCUACCACCUGGAGAGUAAGAUCUCCAAGCGAAUCAGCUUCCUAAUUAUUGGCCUGGCCUGGGGCAUCAGUGCCCUGCUGGCAAGUCCCCUGGCCAUCUUCCGGGAGUACUCACUGAUUGAGAUCAUUCCUGACUUUGAGAUUGUGGCCUGCACUGAGAAGUGGCCCGGGGAGGAGAAGAGUAUGUAUGGCACAGUCUACAGCCUUUCCACCUUGCUAAUCCUCUACGUUUUGCCUCUGUGCAUCAUAACUUUCUCCUACAUCCGUAUAUGGAGUAAGCUGAAGAACCAUGUCAGUCCUGGAGCUGCCGGUGACCAUUACCAUCAGCGAAGGCACAAAACCACGAAGAUGCUGGUGUGCGUAGUAGUGGUGUUUGCGGUCAGCUGGCUGCCCCUCCAUGCCUUCCAGCUCGCUGUGGACAUUGACAGCCAUGUCCUGGACCUGAAGGAGUACAAGCUCAUCUUCACAGUGCUCCACAUUAUUGCCAUGUGCUCCACUUUCGCCAACCCCCUUCUCUACGGCUGGAUGAACAGCAACUACAGAAAAGCUUUCCUCUCUGCCUUCCGCUGUGAGCAGAGGCUGGACGCCAUUCACUCAGAGGUGUCCAUGACCUUCAAGGCCAAAAAGAACCUGGAAGUCAAAAAGAACAAUGGUCCCACUGACUCUUUCUCAGAGGCUACUAACGUCUAAGGGAGCAGGCGUGAAAGCACGUGGAUGAAUUGUGGCCGGAGCUGCUGAUCUGGCUGGUUUUCUGGUCGGUGCAUGCAGACCCACCCGUUGUACUGACUGAAAAGCAUCAGCAUGGAAGCUCUGGCAGCAUUAUUCCUGGAGAACGGCUGGCAGAGCUGACUUGAGAAUACUGACAUUGGUUUGAUUACUGACAUUCGCAUGGUAGGUUGAAUUAUGAGUAAAGGAGGGAAGGAAAGCUGUACAGGGAGUCAGCAUCAGCCUGGCUGAAAGGGAGAAGUCAGAGUUAACUCUGAAGGCACAGUAGGAUCUGAACCAGAGGUGGUGUGGACACCAAUGCUCCCUCAUCACUGGGUGAAAAGCUGCUAAACCACUCAGAUAUCCCUGUGGAGCCAGAGGCUCUCUGUGACGGUAUUUUGGUUUUAUUGUCCUUCCUGAGAGGAAACCCAAAUGAGACUGUUUCGGGAAAAACAUUGCUUGCUAGCUAAUGGGAUGACUGCAAGAGAACCUCAAGAGAAGAAACACAUUUGCUAUUCGACUAAUAUUUUGGUAAUGAUGAGGGAAAUCUUUAUAUACUCAGUGAACAAUUAAUUGUUCUGAAAUCAAAUUGUUUAAUUUUUUUUCAUUCUGAAGUUAUCAAACUAAAAAAAACAAUGCAGACCAUUGCUUUGUUUCUUGUUUUGAGGCAUUCCUGCUUUGUCUAGAUACUGUUUAGAUAAGAAGUAAGCAACUCAGCCCUAUUGCUUAUUGCUAAUUGUCAAAGUCUUCUGGACCUAUACAAUGUCUAUGACCAUUCCUGCAUGGGAGCAAAGUUCUCAUUAAAAAUUAAAUCACACUAGAAAAUAAUGUUGUAACAACUUGAGUCUAGCUGCAAGCAAUUCCUCUCCCCCCAUAGCUCUAAUGUUUACAGACAGGCAGAAUUAUUUUCCUUGAAGUUCAUCUUCAAUAUAUCAAUUUAUGUUAAGUAAAAAUAUAAUUUCAUUAAAGUGGACCCAUUUGGUAAAAAAAAAAAAAAAAAGCUCAAAAACUGCAUUCAUUUCACUUGGCAAAUGUUUGGUUUUCAACAAAUUUCAUAAAAAGCUUUCUCUUUUCAAAACGAUUAUAUUUUUGGGUAACAAAAUAUAUAUAUAUAUACAAAAAAGCAAAUCUAUAAAAUUGCAUUAGCAAUUUUCAUUUAAUGAUUUUAUGAAUUUAGCUCUUAUUUCAAAACUACCCAACCAAAGAUAAUUAAAACUCUAUUUUGUUUGCACAGAAAUAUAAGAAAAUGAGAUGUUACAUAGUUGCACUCCUCUGGAUGCUGUAGUUUCAGUGUAGGCAUAUUUUCUGUAAAUACGGCAGAUUUUAUGAGUAUAUUCCUUAUAUUUUAGAAAUAGUCAAUGCAGUCUUAUGCUUGGUUAUGAUAUUAAUUUUGUGUCUGUAUUUAAAAUUCAGAAUACUGUUAUUAAAUUCCUUUCAGUGUGGAGAUAGAAGACUGGUCUCAAAGUGAACUUUUCUUCUGGAAUACCAGAAAGGAGCAAAAAACAACAAAAGUACAAAUAAGUAUAAGGUGGUCUAGGAAGUGUCUGAAGUGUAUCAUAGAAUUGUAACACAUAUUUUCUGUUGGACUCUGCACAGCCAUCUGAAGAUAAGCUUUUUUAUGUUUGACACAGACAUUACUUUGCUUACGGUAUUUGUAGAAGGCUGCUGUGAAGUUUUUAUGCCCCUUGCAGAAUACCUAUCCUGUACAAAGUCUGUGUGUUAAUGUUCCUCCUGCUAUGAUGCUAAAUUAUUGGAAUCCACUUAAUAAUUCAAUUAACAUAUGUAUGAUUCAGUUCAUAUGUGAGUUCAGUAAUAAAGUGUCUUUUAUGUAGUGGUUUUGAUGUUAAAAUAAAAGGAAUUU